AUGCCUCCAAGAAAAGGGGUACCUCUAAAAUUGUAUGUAUCCGCAGCAGAAGGUUCAAUAGGGAGUCUACUCGCACAGGACAACGAGGCCGGGAAAGAACAAGCUGUGUUCUACCUGAGCCGGGCCUUGACGGAAGUAGAACGGAAGUAUCUUUCCAUUGAAAAGCUUUGCCUGGCGUUGUUCUUCUCCUGCAGCAAGCUUAGGUACUAUCUCUUGCCAGAUACGGUAAACGUGGUUUGUCAGACCGACGUCAUCAAGUACAUGCUCACGCGCCCAAUUUCUAGGGGAAGGGUUGGAAAGUGGACUCUCGCUCUUACUGAGUUUGCCCUCCAGUAUGUACCCCAGAUAGCGGUCAAGGGACAGGCGUUAGCAGACUUUCUUGCGGAUCAUCCUCUCAUGGAGGCAGCGAGGGGUAUGGUGGAGGUGCCCCUCAUGGGACUGACACCAUGGAAGCUUUUCUUCGAUGGAUCCAAGACCGAGCAGGCCGCCGGAGCAGGGGUUGUGCUGCGGUUACCAGAAGGGACCGAGACCCAACUUGCAUUUCAGCUUGACUUCCCUUGCUCCAACAAUCAGGCCAAGUAUGAGGCCCUUAUACUAGGGAUAAGCUUGCUUCUCGGCCUGAAGGCCGAUGUUGUGGAAAUCAUCGGCAACUCACAGCUGGUGAUCAGACAACUGGUUGGAGAAUACCGGUGUAAGAGCGAGCAUCUGGUUGAGUACCUUGCGCGGGCCAAAAGGCUGCUUGAAGGAUUCCAGGAUGUGGCUGUUUGCUACAUUCCACGGUCUCGAAACCAGGCCGUAAACGGGUUGGCUCAAGCAGCGUCUGACAUCGGCCUACCAGAGGAUAGUAUGGAAAGGACCAUCAUCAUCAGACGGCAGACGCGGUCUUCCGUUGCUGAGAGUGGUCAGGUGGAGGUCAACCAUGUCGAAGACACUCAGCCUGAUUGGCGAACUCCCAUCGUCCAAUACUUGAGCAAACCUGGACCAGAGUUUGACAGAAGGAUCCUGGACAGAGCCACGGGCUACGUGCUGAUUAGGGAAGAUCUCUAUAAAAAGGGAAAGGAUGACCUGUUGCUCAAGUGCGUCAGCCUAAAUGAGGCAACAUUGGUCAUGGCUGAGGUACACGAGGGCAUAUGUGGGGCACACCAGGCUAGCCCCAAGAUGAGAUGGUUGAUUCCAUGUCAUGGGUAUUAUUGGCAGACGAUGACGGCAGACUGUCAAAUAUGCUGA